AUGGCGGCGCCGGGGGCCGAGGGGCCCGGCCCGGUCCCCGUCGCCUCAGCGGCCGCCGCCACGGCCGCCAACCCGCGCAAGUUCAGCGAGAAGAUCGCGCUGCAGCGGCAGCGACAGGCCGAGGAGACCGCCGCCUUCGAGGAGGUCAUGAUGGACCUCGGGUCCGCGCGGCUGCAGGCCCAGAAGCUGAGGCUGGCACAGGGCCGGAGCCCUUACUACGGAGGGUCGCUGCCCAACGUCAACCAGAUCAGCGGCGCGCUGGCUGAGUUUCAGAACCCCCUGCAGUUUCCGCUCGAGUCCCCACGGGCCCCGCGUCACCACGGCCCGGUGGGCCGAGUCCAGCGCGACCCGCGGGGGCGGGUCAUGUCGCCGCUGCGCCGUCACGGCCGCCACAUGGACAGCUCUCCCUACGGCUCCGCGUACCUGUCCCCGCCGCCGGAGCUGCCCAGCUGGAGAAGGACCAUGCCCUGGGGGAAACUGUCCACGGAUCAGGGGCAGCUCCAUCUCCUGCCGUCCUCGCUCAACAGGACCAGCUCAGAUUCGGCCCUGCACACGAGCGUCAUGAACCCCGGAUGCCAGGACAGGUACCCGGGCCCCGUCCUGCCCCCAGGGCCCCUGCCAGCUCGGAAGGCCGGUCCCCCCGACGGCCAAGCCGACGGCACGGUGUUUCUCUUCCACGCGCCCCCGCCCGCCGAGGAGACCCUGCUCCACGACCAACAGUGGCUGAGCCCCUGGGACAGCAAGAAGCUCUCCUCUUCCUCCUCCUCCUCCCCCUCCGCCCGGCCCCGCUCCUGCGAAGUGCCAGGGAUCAACAUCUUCCCGCCCCCCGCCCCGCCUCCCGCCGCCCCCCUGCUCCCGCCGGCCUUGAACACGGGGGGCUCGCUGCCCGACCUGACCACGCUGCACUUCCCCUCGCCCCUGCCCGCCCCGCUGGACCCCGAGGACGCCGCCCUGCCCGGCCUGAGCGUGGGCGGCAGCACCGGAAACCUGGCGCGGACCCUGAACCACCUGGGCCUCAGCGGAGCGGGGCUGGGGGCGGCCGCCUGCGACGUCCCAGGACUGCCCUCCUCCCCCCUGAGCACCCCCAACCUGCAGUGCUCCCUGAGCAACCCCAACCUGCAGGCCGCCCUGUGCAGCCCGCCCCCCGCCCCCCUCCAAGGGGCCCACAGCCACCCCUCGCUGGUCCACCCCGGCCCGCCCGCCCCGGGCCCGGCCCGUCCCGUCCCGCCCGCCGCCCUGGGCCCCUCGUCCCUCAGCGCCCCGGCCCUGUCCUGCCCCUCCGCCGCCUCCGCCCUCGCCCGCCACUACCGCCACCCCCACGCCCCCGAGGCCUGGUACGCCUGCCCGCCGCCCCCUCCCCUGUGUCUCCGUCCCCCUGUGUGCCCCUCCACCCCAUCUUCCAUCGCCCAGGGAGUCGGCCCGGACCCCGGCAGCGUCCUGCCCGCUGACAGGCCGCGGCCCCCGUACCGCCCGCCCGGCCCCCGGCCCCCCGGCCCCGGGUACUCCCCUGGGCACCCGCCGCACCCCCCGUCCGCCGGACACUUCAGCCUGGGCAGCGUGAGUGUGCCCACACCCCCCGGGAAGCGCCCGUCGGCCUCGCCGUCCACCGCCGCGUUGCCCGUCUCCCCGCUCGGGCCCCUGCACCCCCGUGGCUUUGUCUCCGGGCCGCCUCCGUUCCUUCAGUCGCGUUCGUCGGGCGCCCACCGCCUGGACCAGUUCAUCAUGGAGGCGGGCGACGGGCUGGGCCCCUUGGGCUUCCCGGAGGAGCUGGGCUACCCGGCGGCGGCGGCGGCGGCGGCGGCGGCGGGCCAGGGGCUCGGGCCGGGGGGCGACCGCCCGCAGGAUCCCGCCGCCCACCUCCCGCAGAACCUGCCACACUGUGCCUGCCUCGGCCUCGGCCUCGGGCCCGACGUCCUGCUGACAGGGGACCCCCUGCCCGGCUUCUCCCGGGAGAUCGCCGUCGCCCUGGCAGGCGUGCCCGGCUUCGAGGUGGCCGCGGGGGGCCUGGGCCUGGCCCUGGAGGAGGAGGAGGAGGAGGAGGAAGAGCUGCGCGUGGAGCCCCUCAGCCUGGACGGGCUGACCAUGCUGUCCGACCCCUACGCCCUCCUCACCGACCCCGCCGUGGAGGACUCCUUCCGCUCCGACCGGCUGCAGUGACUCCGGGGACUUGGGGACUCCACGCCGUCCGGAUGGCGCGGGGCCCGGGGCGGGGGGGGGAGAGAGCCAGCGUCCG